CCCACGAUCACCCUCUCUGUAUUCAUUUGCUUACAUAUGUUCUGAUGUUCAUUCUCUAUCUCUGAUAAACAAAAAUGGUGAAGCUAGCGUCGGCACGGGAGAGCCGAAUGUAUGGACCGCGACUGGGCCGCGGAAGAGGAGAAAACUUGAACGCCGCGCUUUACCUUCUAGCUACGGUAGUCCUGGCCGGAGGAUUCGUCUCCCAGUUCUCCCAAGAACCAAAAUCAGGCCUUGUUCUAUUACUCAUCGCGACAGGCUUCAUUAUUAUCGUUAACGUUCACGAUCUUAUUGCUCAUCUCGUUAUCAUUGAUUUUCGUCUCCGAUUACUUGAAUUAGAUUUGCAGCUAGCACUGGUUGAAGUUGCAGUUCCUGUUGUACAGGCUAUCGGCUCUCUCUUGUUUUUCUUGGGAAUUCUCAUUCUUUUUCUUCAGGAGGAGAAGGCUUAUGGCUUCUUCAAGUUGGAGAAGCAUGCUCUAAGAUUGCUUGUGGCGGGACCAAUGUUGUGGGUCCUCGGGUCGACUCAUAAUUCAUGCCAAAUCUAUGAGAGAGCAGAUGGUCACGUUCAAAUCUUGCAGGAGAGUGUUCAUGUCCCGUUCUUGAUGGGAAGCUUGUUGUUCUUAGUGGGUGCCAUUCUCAAUUACUUGGGACAAAAGGGAAAGAGUUUGAUCAAUCAUCACGGUCUCGACUUAUUGGGUGAGGAUUGGAUUUGGUUUGGAAUAUUUGGGAGCAUAUUGUUCUUCACUGGGGGAAUGAACAAUGUGGUGAAGGUUUUCAAAAUGCAGCAAAUGGAGGGAGGAGUGCGACUAGAAAAGUUGCGUGGGGGAGCUCAAGAGCGGCUAGAGGAAGAAAGGGGAGGAGACGAUCAUUUUCCUCUCAUGUUGAAUCAUGAUCAUAUAAUUAAAAUUCCAACUACUGAUGAUAAACCGCCACACACUCCUUCGGCCAAGCCUAGAGUGGCCGCACUUACCCCAACUCCAUACAAAGACGUGCUUCUUGGCCACCCCGUCUAAAC